AUGAGGUUGAUAGUUGGAGCUCAAACAUCUAACAUUGAGUCUAUUGAGAAAUUUGCAAGAUGGCUACUUGAUAUUGGUGAAGGAAACGUUGGUUCAGAAAAUGAUGGUGAAGCACUUAUAGAGAUACCGGAUGACUUAGCAAUCACCGAUACGGACGAUCCAAUACAAAUUUUAAUCGACUUUGUUUAUCCUUCAAUUUUAGAAAAUUACAAAAAUCCUGGAUUCUUUUCUGCGAGAGCUAUUUUAGCACCAAAGAAUGAAGUUGUUAAUGAAAUUAAUGAUCGUUUACUUUCGUUAUUUCCGGGUGAAGAAAAAGAGUAUUUGAGCUCUGACAGUAUCUGUCAAACUGAGGAAGUACUUGAUUCUUUCCAACAAGAUCUGUAUUCUACUGAUAAUUUGAAUGCUCUCAAAAUAGCCGGUUUACCUAAUCAUAGGUUGGUUCUUAAAGUUGGUGUUCCUGUAAUGCUUCUUCGAAACAUUGAUCAACAAAAUGGUCUAUGUAAUGGAACUAGACUUCAAAUAACCUUUCUCGGUAAACGAGUUAUUGAAGCUGAAGUAAUAUCAGGCGGGAAUAUUGGCACUAGAGUUUAUAUUCCAAGGAUUUCAAUGAUUCCUUCUGACAAGAAGAUACCUUUUCAAUUUCAAAGAAGGAAAUUUCCGUUAUCAGUAUGUUUUGCUAUGACGAUUAACAAAAGUCAAGGGCAGUCUUUAUCCAGAGUUGGGCUAUAUUUAAAGGAUCCAGUUUUUAGUCAUGGCCAGUUGUACGUCGCUUUAUCGAGAGUGAAGACGAGAGAAGGUGUCAAAAUUUUAGCGUUUGAUGCUGAUGGUAAACCUUCGAAGCAGACAUCGAACGUGGUUUACAAGGAGAUAUUUGGUAACUUGUGA